CUGUGCCGUUAACCAGCGUACACCAGAGUCUCCCCUAGGCAACUUUUGAUCGGAAGUAAUUCUUCCUCUACCAUCCUUUGACUUUAGCCCCCUUGUGGUUGGGAGGGUAAUGAACUACCUCCCAUUCUAGAUCUCGCGACAAUGGUUUCACUCUCCGGGCUUGGGCAAUGGAUGCUCGCCCUCUACCUUCUCGGCACGGGACAGUCAGUCUCGGCGGCGUCGACGCAGGACUGGAAGUCGCGCACGAUCUACCAGACGAUGACCGAUCGGUUUGCCCUCACGGCCGGCACCGAAGCGGCCGCCUGCAACACCACGGCAGGAUUGUACUGCGGAGGAACCUGGCGCGGCACCAUCGACAAGCUCGACUACAUUCAGGGCAUGGGCUUUGAUGCGGUCAUGAUCUCGCCCAUUAUCAAGAACAUCGAUGGUCGGGUCUCGUACGGCGAAGCCUACCAUGGAUACUGGCCCGAGGAUCUGUACUCGCUCAAUCCGCGAUUCGGCACGCACCAAGAUCUGCUGGAUCUGAGUAACGCUCUCCACGCGCGGGGGAUGUACCUGAUGAUGGACACGGUGAUUAACAACAUGGCGUACAUGACCAACGGCCAGAACCCCGCCACGCACAUCAAGUACUCGUCCUUGUCACCGUUCAACAACUCGGAUUAUUACCAUGCCUACUGCAAGAUCUCGGACUGGAACAACUACACGCAGGCGCAGACGUGUCAGACCGGUGACAACUAUGUGGCGCUGCCGGAUCUGUUUACCGAACAUCAGAAUGUGCAAGAUAUGCUGGUGGACUGGGCGAACCAGAUAAUCUCGACCUACUCGAUUGACGGGCUGCGCAUUGAUGCGGCCAAGUCGGUGAACCCCAGCUUCCUGACCGAAUUCCACAACCGCGUGGGGAUCUUCAUGACGGGUGAGGUCUUUGAGCAGAACGCCUCGAUUGUGUGUGACUUCCAGAACAACUACCUGCCCAGUCUGCCCAACUUCCCCUUGUACUACACCAUUCUCGAUGCCUUCACGCGGGGCAAGCCCAGCGCUUUGUUCGAGCGGAUCGCGCUGGUGCAACAACUCUGCCACGAUGUGCCGUCGAUGCCGACCUUCAUCGAAAACCACGAUGUGGACCGGUUCGCGUUCGCCAACGACGACCUCACGCUUGCCAAGAACGCGAUCACGUUCGAGAUGCUUUACGACGGGAUCCCGUGGGUGUAUCAGGGCCAGGAGCAGCAUCUGAACGGCUCGUACGCGGGCACGCACAACCGUGAGGCGCUCUGGGAGUAUGGAUAUGACACGUCCUCGGAGCUAUACCAGUUGAUCGCCAAGCUCAACCGGGUGCGCCAGCACGCGUACAAGCUGGACCCGGACUACAUCGACAUGCAAACCAUUCCGAUCUACCAGGGUGGGAGUGAACUCGGAUUCUGGAAGGGGGCCUUUGGCCGGCAGGUGGUGAUGCUGCUGUCGACGCAAGGCAGCCAGGGCAGUUCGUACAAUCUGACGCUGCCGAUGACCUACGGGGCGGGAAUUGAGGUGGUGGAGGUGUUGCGCUGUGUCAACUACACGGUCAAUGACUUCAGCCAGCUGAUUGUGCCGAUGGACAAGGGCGAGCCGCACGUCUUCUUCCGGGCGGAUCUGAUGCCUGGCAGUGGGUUAUGUGGCUACAGUUCCAACAGCACUUCGCUCACUCAUCUCCGUCUCUCUGCUGCUGCUGCUGCUGCUGCCUCAGGGGCCAGUGCGACCGUGGCUCCUCGACAAUUGCUCUCGGGCGGAUUCUUGGUCUCGGUGGCGAUGACUCUGUUCACCAGCCUUUUCCUUUAGUCCAAUUGUCCAUUCAAUUGUCUACUCUCUCUCUCUCUCUCUCUCUCCCCGCCCCCUUGAAUUCAUCCUGCUGCCCUUGCUAAGCCUUCUCGAUGUACAUACCAAUUUUACCUCGCUCUUUUUUUCUCUCCUCGCUCCCUUGGCGCUGUACUUAGAUUACGAGUUUUUGAAUCUCUGCCCCCCUGUGGUCCCACCUCAUUAUUGUCCGAUUGAUCUAUCUCAUGGCCAUGAUGAU